CUAACAAAAAAAAAAACCCCGAAGUCGCAUUUUGUUUUGGAAAGCAUAAAGAGGAAGUGCUUUUAUUUUGUAGGCCGGGCGGGCUUGACAGUGGUGAAGAAGCGAGGCUGGCGAAGGACUUUCUGGGGAUGGGAACAGACGAGUGUGUCCCAGUGUUUCCAGCUCCUGAGUUUACUGUGGCGGGGCGGACACACAGAAGGACCAGCAGAGCUCAUGUGGACCGGCAGACACGCAAACCAGCGGGGCACGGGAGCGCUGCGGGGGUCUGGAAAAUGGGAGCGGUGAAGUGAAAAAACAAGAAACCAAAAAAAAAAAAAAAAAAAAAAAAACGGCCGAAAAGCGGACUGUCUGGAUGAAAGACACCAAAAGCAUAAUGGCACUCCUCCUGUGGCUUGGCCUAUCGCUGCUGGUUUCUGUCCAGUCCAGCGCUGUAAAGAACUGCCACCCUGGUUGUCACUGCGAGGUGGAAAGCUUUGGCCUCUUUGACAGCUUCAGCCUGACUAGGGUCGACUGCAGAGGGUUGGGACCCAGCACCACCAUGCCAAUCCCCAUCCCUCUGGACACUGCCCAUCUUGACCUGUCCUCUAACUCCAUGGGCCCCCUCAGUGAUACCAUGUUAGCUGGUCCAGGCUACACCACACUUGUCAGUUUGGACCUAAGCAGCAACCAUAUAACCAAGGUAAGCCCCAACGCUUUGUCCAAGCUGCGUUACCUGGAGACUCUGGAUCUGAGCCACAACAACCUGGAGAGCCUCUCACCGAGCUGUUUCUCUGGCCUUCCUCUGGCUGAAGUUGACCUCAGUCACAAUAGCUUCCAAGAGUUCGACAUGGAUGUGUUCACUACUAAAGUCAACGGUGAACCUGUCAGCGUGGACCUGUCUCAUAACAAGCUCAUGUCAGUUUCCACGACUUUGCAUGGAAGAGUAUUACACAUUCAAAGCUUAAAUCUGUCUUCAAAUCGGCUGUUGAGCGUACCAGCGCUGGCAGGACUUCCGCUGAGGUACCUCAAUCUAGAUGGUAACCCCAUCACCCGCAUCAAGGAGGGAGCUUUCUCUCAGCUGAAAGAUCUGGUUUAUUUAUUCAUCAGUGGCCUCCAUGAGCUUCAGGAAAUUGAGCCACACAGCUUCAAGGGCCUUCAGAGUUUGCAAGUUCUUGAUCUUUCAAACAACUCCAAGCUCAAGACUCUGAGCCCUGCAGUUUUUAUUGGACUAGACUCCCUACAAGAGCUGAAUUUGUCUGGCUCUGGUGUGACGUCCUUGCCAAAUAACAUGCUGACCCACCUGCCCAGUAUUAAGAGUAUUACACUGGGAGGAAGCAUCCAGUGCUGGAGGACCCAGAAACAGGGACAAUUCCACCGGCAGCUGGGUCAGGUCCAACACAACGAGGUGUUGAGCUGUAAUGUCGAGGGAAUCGUGCUGUGAGACAAUGGAAAUGGUAUAUUCAGUCAGAAGUGCUUGUCCGAUGGUUGAAUAGGGCUGAUGUUAUGACCUUCGCACCCACUUGGACCAUUUUUCAUUCUUAACAGCUAUUUGUCUAACAUUUCAUAUGAACAACUGAGUUAGAAUGUUCACUGUUAUGCCCAUUUUAAAAUGAUGGCCAACUUUUCACUCUGCCUUCUAGUACAGCCAUUCGGAACAACUAUAAAAACUUUUGAUUUCCGAUGUGGUUGGACAACAUGAUACGAACCAGUUCUGAUGGAGAAUAUUCAGCCUUUAUCAAACCCAAUCUUGAAGCCAGACCUGUGCCUUACCUGCUUUGAUAUGCAAAAACACUUUUAUGGGUUACUCUCACUUACUUACCUCUGUUUUGGAGGUGAAACUGGAAUACGUCUUAAAGGUCUAAUGUAGCAAAUGCACAACACAGAACAUUUUCAGAACAUACUCUAAACAGGUAUAGAACCGUUCAUCAAUCCAAAACUUUAAGAUGUUCUUAUGGCAUGUACUUCAUUUAUAAUGGGACCAUAUUAAGACUUAUUUGCACUUUCCAGUCACGGUAUAUUUGAUAAUGAUGCACUUACACAUGGCCAAAUGUCACCCAGUCUAAUAUAAAACCUUCUAUGCAUUGCUCAUAUCCACACUGAUUAUACGACUGUUGACCACUAAGAUUUUUCAUCUGACUUUGAAUGUGAUGUUUUUAUUGAAAUGAUUAAAGGGAUCGUUGGACAUUUUGGCAAGUGCACGUAUUCACUUUCGAGCAGAGAGUAGAUUGACGGCCGACAGACUUCAAGUUAGCCUAGCUUAGUUUAGCACAAAAUGUGGAAACAGCCAAAGUCACCAACAGCAUUGUUUAAACUCACAAGUUUGUUUAAUCCAUACAAAAAGCAUAGUCAACAGUGGUUGUGGUUGUAUGAGGAGGUACUUUUUCUGCCAGACCAUUGACUUCCUGUCAUCACAAUGAGGUUUCAAGGGAACCAGCGGCUUCUCUAAAUAAACACAACCUGUUGCUCGUUGAGUUUUGCGUGCAAAUGAAAUAUAGCCUAAUUAUGUGGAUUUCUUUUCCUUUGGACAGAACCAGGCUAGCUCUUUCCACCUGUUUCCUCUCUUUAUUCCCAGCUAUGCUAACUGGCUUAGCUUAACUGCUGGUUGUAGGUUUAUGUUUGCCAUACAGACAUGAGAGUGGUAUCUAACUCACAGAAAGCUAAUAAGUGUACUUCAAAAUAAAUGUGCAACCGUACAUAUCCAAACAUUCUUCAGUUGAGCACAGUCUGGUUGGGAAACCUCCAGUAAAGUCUUGUUACACAUACUGUAACUAAACAUAGUUGAGUGUAAAGAUGUUUUCUUGUUACACCUACAAAAUACAAAAUUUCAUUACUUGAAUUUGUUUGUAUGAAUACUAGCCCAUGACAACUUGUCCAUUGUGUUUGGGCUAUUUAUCUUCUAAGUUUGGUGUAUAGCCUUUGCAGAUUAGGUGCAUACACCCUUUGACAUGGUGCCUAGUUAUCAGUGCUUUGCUUGUUUUCAUGGCGUUACACAAGAGGAUUAAACAAACCGUGACUGUUUUGACCGGGACUUUGUUUUGACCCGUCAAACCAGUCUCAGCAAAAAAAAA